CGAGGGCACUUCCCACAAUCACUCGGAAUGUGGAAACUUGCCAAACUGCAUAACUCCCCGCCUCUCUCCGCCUGAGGUAGUCAUGACAGGUAAACAGGGGCGGACACGUGAAUGUAUAUAGGUGUAUAAAUCCACGGAUGAUCUGCAGUGAGACAAGGAACAGACAUCACCACACACACACACACACAAUGUCUUCAGCAGGACCCUACAGAGAGCUGCAGGACGGCUCCGUGUGCUCGCUAUGUGAAUGUUACUUUGAGGACCCGGUGACCACCGAGUGCGGGCACAGUUACUGUAGAACGUGCCUGGUGGCCAACGCCGGGGGAAAAGAAAACGCAGGGGGUCAGCUGAUGUGCCCGACGUGCGGACGGGUGAUGGGAUGGAGGGCGGUCACCACCGACGUGCGCCUCGGGGUCACAACCCGGAUCGCCAAGAGGCUCAAUUUCCCGCCAAUACCACCCAGGAGAAAAAAAUCGCAAGAGCAGGAAAUCUAGAGACCUGCUGAGAAGAAGACACCGCACUGGCGAAUGGUAGAAUACUGUCUUGCUCUGACUUCCGGUCUGAUAGGACAGCCUGCAGAACAUCGCAUCUUUGCUGCUCACAAUGGGCGGCAGAAUAGAAAUUCCAUCAUCACUUAUUUAUAUCUAUGUAUUUAUGUUGAAUGUUAUAUUAUUGGAUGUUUUUUUUGUAAUA